AUUUUUUUUCUUCCUCCUGCAGUGAAUGGAAAAGGAUUUAUAUAUGUGCGAUCCAGGUACUGAAAAAUACCAAUAGGUUGUUUGCACACACUCAAGGUGUUAAGGCUGGGCCACUACUAUUAAAGAUGCUAAACAGUGGACAUACAGUACUACAAAGAUAUUUGCAGAAGCUGAUCCCUAUGGCAGCCAGGGGACUGUUGCACACGAAAAACUCACGUCUUUACAAUAUGAAUUGUUUCUGGCUGAUUAGAUUUUCAACAGAGAUUGUGCUCAGACCUGUGUCUUCUAGGCACUUCUAUCUGAAGACAGAGAGUGCUAAUGCAGACUCACGCCAGGAGAAUGGCAUUCUAGUAAACAAUCUGGCAUGCAUGGGAGUGGAUGUCAAAAUGGUGAGAAGGCGACAACCUGGAAUUCUGAAGAAGCAGAUCACAAAUGAAGAGGGCCUCAAAAGGUUUCUGCAAAGCAAAGGGGCUACUAAUGAAGUCAUUGCCAGCAUCAUCUCACGUUAUCCACGGGCCAUCACGCGUUCCUAUGAGUGUCUCGAAAAACGUUGGGAACUUUGGAGAAGUAUUUUGAUGACUGAUUUGGAAAUUGUAAAUAUUCUGGGACGUUCUCCUGAGUCCUUCUUUCGUUCCAGUAAUAACAUCAAUAUGGAGAAAAAUAUUACAUUUUUCUGUUCUCUUGGGCUAACCUCUAAACACCUUUGCAAUAUGUUGACCAGAGCACCUCGGGUGUUUUCUAACAGAAUGGAGCUGAAUAAGCAGAUGAUUGACCUCCUGCAUGAGAUCUGUUUAUCUUUAGGUGGUGAAAACCCAAAUGAUUUUGUGAAGCACAUCAUUUCUAAAAAUGUCUUCAUCCUCCUGCGGAGCAGCAAGCAAGUGAACGCAAACGUUGAGUUCCUGCAAUCAUCUUUCCAUCUGAGCAAUGAGGAAUUACUAGCUCUGCUACAUGGCGGUGGAGCUGACAUUUUGGACUUAUCUAAUGAAUAUAUAAAAAAAAACUUUACAAAUGCUAAAGGGAAGCUGUUAUCUCUUGGGUGCACUGAAAGAGAGGUGGAUAGAUUUUUCAUUAGCUAUCCAAGUGUGCUCUUUCUGUCAUCCAAGACCCUCAGUGAUAAAAUAGAUUGCCUCUUGCAAGCAAAGGUUCACAUUAAACAAAUAGUUGAAAUGUCUCGCAUUCUGGAUAUAAGUAUCAGUACUAUAAGAAGCAAAGUUAAGGAACUGGAAAAAACUAGUUAUGACCUCAGAACCAAUGGAAUUGGCAUCCUUUCUUUAAGUAAAAAGAGAUUUGAAGCUAAAUUGGAAAAAUUACAUAGUGCACAGCGAUUAAUCAAGAGGACAGAAUCCAUUCUGUGAGAAUACAGGGUCAGAUUUUGAAAUUAAAAAACUUGAAAAAGGGUCCUGUUUUGUUGUUCUGAAACUUAUUUCAAAAUAAUUUGUGGUUACUUAGCACUGCUUAUUUAAGAUAAGUAAAUUCUCAGCUAUCACUAGCAGGGUGCUAUAGGGUGACCAGGAGAACCGUUUGGUGUGUUGCUUACCAGUUGUGAUGGUAGUGGAUCACAGAUAUUGAAAAGAGUGAGACUGGUUUAGAGUGUACACCAGUUGGAGGAGAUAAUAGAGGUAUGCAGAAUAAUGAAUGGUACAGAGAAGAUAAGUCAGGUAUACUAUUUGCCCUUUCUUCCAUACAAAAGCAAGGGAUCAUUCAUACCCUCGAUUCUGGAACUGGCUUAGCACAGGCUAACCCAGGGGUAGGCAACCUAUGGCACGUGUGCCGAAGGCGACACUCAAGCUGAUUUUCAGUGGCACUCACACUG